UAGCAACAAGUCAAAGCAGAAUAACCAGAGAACAUUCUAGCUAACCGCAGUUCGGCUAAUUUAGGACAUUUAACAUCUUCAAAUCUUCAAAUUUUCAACAUGGACGACACAGUUGCCCCCGAAGAAAGCAUAUAUAAUUAUUUAAUAGAGCAGGUUGACGCUGAAAAAGUCCCAAGGUACACAUCCAAGUAUAGACCAAAAGUUAUUGUGCAGGAAAAGUUAACCAAGGAGACAAUGAAAACGAUGGGACCGGUAAAACUUGAUGUCCCGUCUCCGGAUAAAUACCUCAAGAAGCAUUCCAAAGAAAUAAAACUGCCUGAAAAGAAAGAGGGUUGUUGUCGCCCGUGCACUGCAAGGAAACCCCCCAUUCCUUCAAGGACGGAACGCCCACCGAUGGGCAUCCACACUAAGAGAAACUUCAUGAAGACAACAACUCCAACGGUUCCAAUGAAACCGCAGCCUGCUUCUGUUGACACCAACCGAGGUCACAAGGAGAUCCUUGAACAUUCAGGACUCAUUCCCAAGUACAUCAAGAAAAAGGAUUACGGCGAAGUACCCGAGUACUUACUGCAACGCAGUGAAGAGAAGCAAAACGCAGUGGAGAAGUACAAAAGGUAUCUGAAAGAACAAGUGGAGCAGGGGGCCAUGAAGCAGCUCUCUGACGAGGAGCGACAAAUCAACCUGAAGAGCUUGAAGACCACCUGGGCGGAGCUGCAUCGGGAGUACCAGCGCCUCCCGCUUUUCAUCGACACGCUGCUGAGGAAGGAACGCAAGGAGCGACUGGAGGCGGAGAUGCAGCAGCUGGAGGCCGACAUCAGCCUUUUUGAGCAGUUCAAGACCAUCUAUAUAGCUAAAUAGAAUCACACAUAAAACAACCAUAUCUUAUAUAAUACAAUAUUGCACAUUUUAGUAAAGUUACAAUGCUAUAUAUAGCAAUGGUUGUGCUUUAGAGUAGUCACUGUACAGCUUGAAUAGCUUUCCUAUCCACUAUCCAAUACGUCAUCACACUGCCAAAUACAGUCUCAAUACCAUGCAACACAAAUGAGUACCAACAUAAUUGUGGUGGGCUCAUCGUCUCAGGCUGCACGAGUGCUGCCGGAGUAGUGGUUACUUGAUGGGAAACAUAAAAUCCCAAUAUUGUGAACAUCCAUUCUCACUAACAACACAAUAAAUCUCAUUCACGCUACAUA